AUGGGUCAGGUAGCGUCUCUUCGUCGAAGAGCCGAUGUUCAAGACGUCGCUAGUGUUACGGACGAAGAUGAUGAAGAUCGUGAGAUGCACUGUUUUUCCAGUCAUCCAGGGGCGUUUUUUGGCUCUUAUUUUUUAUUAGGAGGCGAACGUUAUGAUUUGGCUAAACCAGAAGCAUUCUUAUUUGGUGAUAAUGCAGACUUAGACAUACUUGGCAAUAGAUCAGUGCAGUUUCCUUAUUCAAGCCAGCCAGUGAAUGAUCCGGUGAGGACACUGAAUGCGUUGAUUAAUCUUCGUCGAGAUUCUUUGAAAUUAACAAAGAGCCGAAACAGUGUUUCUGAAAGUGGUCGCAGUUCCUUUUAUCUGGAGUUCUAUUUUGAUUGUGACAGUGCAUGUUUUGUACAAAUUCAUUUCUUUGCUAAAGAAUUUGUUAGCGGUGGACGUAUACAAUUCAUGCAUAAAUAUCCUGAAAUGAAGUCAUCAGAGCAAUAUUACUUCGAUGUUGGUGCCGAACAAUAUUUCAACAAGUUCGAGAUGGAUACUGCUGUAUAUGAUCUUAGUUCUAUGCAUUAUGAGAGCGGCUCAUAUUUUCCGAUUGUUAUUGAGAUUCGUGCAGUCGAUUGCGGCAUUGAACAAAUGCAGUCAACAAUGGCUAGCAUUGAACAUGCUUCUGAUCAGUGUGCAACUUUCGUAGUGAAAGCUCUGAAACAAAAACUGGUAGCCGAUGGUGUAGUUUAUUUGUUGCAAGAAAUUUAUGGAAUAGAAAAUAAGGAACACGAUCUUGGUGACGAGAAUGGAUCUGAAUGCAUCAUUUGUAUGUCCGAUAUUCGUGAUACUGUUAUUUUACCAUGUAGACAUCUAUGUAUUUGUAAUGGUUGUGCCGAAACUUUGCGUUACAAGUUAAACAAUUGUCCCAUCUGUCGUUCUCCUUUCCGUGCUCUGCUGCAGCUUAAAACAAUGCGCGUUGUCAGCACGGUCUCAAUAGCUGACCAACCGCCAUCUGUACAACAAACGCGUUCUCAAACCAGAUAUGAGACGAUGACAUUGGUUGAGGCGUUAAAUGGGCCAGUUAGUCACAUACAGUCAUGUGUAGUCCCAGCUACUUCACUUAGUUAUGCUGCUGACACGUCUCAUGAUAUUUCAACAUCUUUAAGUUCAAAACUUGUUAGGCGUUCUUCUCGAUCUUCAGUUGCCAUCCAACAGGUAUUAACGCUGAACAGCCAAGACCGUAAUAGCAAGGAAAAUAACACUGUGUGCAUAGAAAUGAAGCCUGUCGACCAAUUCAAUAAUGUGAGCAUAUUUUUCAAAUUUUGCUCCUCUGUACUAAUUCUCAAAUUUCAGGACGAAACAUUGGGCGGCUGUUCGACGAGUCACUGUUCGGACUUUUCAAAUGACAUCACUUAUUCCCCAGUCUCUUCACACAGUCGAUGUCUUAGAAAGGAAAAGAUUGCUUCACCACGUCUCAAAGAUCGUAAAGAAUAUGCUGAGAAUGUAAUAUCUCGAAAUGAUAUGCCAACAGAACUUGUCGAGAAGUCUGAUGAUGAAAUCGCCACGAUACAACAACCUUGCCCUGAUUGA